AUGCUCAUGUGGUCACGAAUUCGAACUCAAUCUGCGUCUCCUCUCGGUAAACUCGGUGUCGAGGCUGCCCUCGAGGCUGCUGCAGACCCAUCCAUCACACCAAAGCCCAAGAUCUUCGAUGAGUUCGCGCUAACCGACCGCGUUGGGCUUGUCUCCGGCGGAAAUAGGGGCCUUGGCUUGGAGAUGGCUCUUGCAUGUUGCGAGGCUGGUGCACGUGUCGUAUACUGCUUCGAUCUUCCAGAAAAGCCAUCAGAUGAAUGGAUCGCAAGCAGAGAUUAUGUCGCGAAGCUAGGGAAUAACUCGCGGCUGGAGUAUUUCAGCGAGACCGUCACUGAUCAGCAGGCUCUUUGGAAAAAGACAGAGGAGAUUGGUGAUAAAGAGGGAAGAAUGGACUUUUGCAUCGCUGCGGCUGGUAUUCUCAGGUCACCCAUAGACUGUCUGGAAUACCCCGCAGAGGAGUACAGAGAGGUCCUGGAUGUCAACGCCAGUGGUGUCCUCUUCACUGCGCAGGCUGCUGGCAGACAGAUGUCGCGAUUCGGACGCGGUGGCAGUAUUAUUCUUAUCGCAUCAAUGUCGGGCAGUGUCACUAACAGGGGCCACGCCUGGAUAUCGUACAACACCUCCAAAUCAGCUGUCCUGCAGAUGGCUCGUAGCAUGGCUUGCGAGCUUGGCGAAAAAAAGAUUCGCGUCAACUCGUUGUCUCCAGGAUAUAUGUACACCAGUAUGACUAAAGCAUAUCUGGACAAACAACCGCACCUUCUCGAUGUGUGGUCUAAUAUGAACCCUAUGGGUCGACUCGGACGCCCUAACGAGGUGCGCGGUGUAGUGACGUGGUUGGCAUCUGAUGCAUCGACAUUCUGUACGGGUAGCGAUAUUGUCGUCAGCGGUGGUCUUCACUCCUGGUAAUGGAGCACUCGAGGAGGAAGGGCGAGUCCGUCCAAUUAUGAGGUCCAUCACGACCCGCCUCGCAUGUGGCCCAUAAAAGCCCGUGGCUAUUACAUAAGGCAAGAGCGGGAUUAACAGUGCUUUGAAUGUUGUACAAGAUGCGAAGAUGCAUAUACUUCAAAACUUAGCUUGAGAAAUUGUAUACAUCCGCAGGGAUUUUCAUGCAAGUCUAGGACAACGUUCUAAA